AUGGUUUCAGCUCUCAAAAACCUUAUUGUGGAUACUGAUUUGUUCAGUGACUGCGAUGACGCGGCCGCGCUCCUACUGGCGGCAACCUCGCCAAACGUCAACCUCCUCGGAGUGAACAUCAACUCUCAGUCCUCAUACUCGGUCUUAGCCGCCUCGGCUAUCCUCAACCACUAUGACCUUCCAAACGUACCCAUCGGCGCCCGACGUCCUCUGAACGACAUCCCGUUCUUUGACAACUGGGGCAAGCGAGCGGGAGAGUUCGCGAGUAAGCUGGCCACCCAUUGGCCCAGAAGCAUGACGAACGCCGAAGAGGCUCAUGAUCCUGUCGAGCUCUAUCGCGAAUUACUCGCCGAGGCCGAAGACGACUCGGUCACGAUUGCAUCAAUCGGAUUCCUGCACAAUCUUUCGGGCUUGCUUAACUCGACCGCCGACUCAAUCUCAAAUCUCUCAGGCCCUGAACUCGUCGAGACCAAAGUGAAGGAACUCGUGGUCAUGGGGGGCGAUUAUCCCAGCGGAUACGAGUUCAACUUCUGGGGUGAUGAUCCGCACACCACCGCGCACGUCAUACAUGAAUGGAAAGGACCGAUCGUUUUUGCCGGAUACACACUAGGACAAUCGGUGCAAUCCGGAGGGCCGUUAAUGGCCGAUGGCCCGGAGACCGACCCGGUACGUGCUGCCUACAUCCUGUACACGUACUACCAGCCGCGGCGGUCUUAUGACCCUAUCGCCAUGUUGUAUGCGAUCGAAGGUCUGGGCACGUUUCUUGAAUACGGAAACGCGAACGGAUACAACAGCAUCAAUCUCGAUGAAAAGAAGGGUCAGGUUGGUCGCAAUGAGUGGGUGUUUGAUGAGAAUGUCACCAAUCAGCAUUGGCUGAGCGCGAAGGUCAGUCAUGAAGAGCUCGGGAUGGAGCUCGAUAGACUGUACCUGAAAGGGGCGAGAUCCUCCAGUAGAAGCUCUGAUCCCGUGGGUUCACUGCCGAGGUUCGGUGACUGCAAGGUAGUGAGAACUUCAAAGCCUGAAGUAGCAGCCGCGAGACUGGAGUUGUAG